UACUUCACUAGUGCUAGAGUCCCAUUCGAUUACAGUUGUAAACCAGUUGAAAAAGUGAAAUAACAAUGGGGCAAAAUUGAUUGCACAAAGUUCAAUUUAAAUCUCAAUUCUGGUGUUGAAAUGUCGCAAAUAAUAUAGCAAAAGCAGAAGUCAUGAUGGAAGUAUUCCAAACUGAUACACAUUACAUAUUUGUAAAGCGUGACAAGAGCCUGUGGUGGAAUCGCAAGACAUCGGAGUUUACAAUAAAGCCAGGAUGGGAUCUCAGCUCGGUGGAGGACAUCGAAUGUAUUGGUGUUACGCAUGGUAUUGUGGGCGUCAUCUCACUGCCAAAUGUGUAUGAGCCGCAUUUGGUAGUUAUUAAGGAGGCGUUAGCCAUGGGUGUGCUAUAUCCGCCGCAUUUGGUGUACAAAAUCAAAUCAAUAUGCAUACUCAGUGCCGAUGAGCCGGACUCUGAACUGCCCAACUGUACCAAGCACACAAAAAGUAACAACACCACGCCCACGCACAGCGCCUCCUCAAGCAGCAAUAAUGCGAGCGGAAGAACUAGGCAAGCGUCCAGCACGAAGAGUACCAAACUCUUCGAGGGCAUGAAUAAAACUUGGGGUGUUGUAAAGAGCGCUGGGAACACAAUCAAAGCCACAACACAGCAGGCAGCUAAUUUAGCCACCAAACAGGUGAAAAAUUCCGUGGGUAUACGGGAGCCAAGGCAAAUCGAGAGACGCAUUACCGAGGAGCUGCACAAGAUAUUUGACGAGACGGAUAGUUUCUACUUCAGUUUCGACUGCGACUUAACCAAUAAUUUGCAAAGGCACGAGGCUAAAUCGGAUGGUGUCCAGCCAGGACCAGAUGAGAGAUUUUUCUGGAACAUGCACAUGAUCAGAGAUAUUAUUAAAAUGAAUGAUAAAACAUGGACAUUGCCCAUUAUUCAAGGUUUUGUGCAAGUAGAAGGAUGCGUCAUUGGCAAUGACUGCUUUACAUUAUCUUUGGUCUCGCGGCGCUCGCGCCAUCGUGCGGGCACACGUUAUAAACGACGCGGGGUGGAUGAAAAGGGCAACUGCGCUAAUUACGUUGAAACGGAGCAAUUACUCUCAUUCCGCCAUCAUCAGUUGUCGUUUACUCAGGUGCGCGGUUCGGUUCCCAUUUACUGGAGUCAACCCGGGUACAAAUAUCGCCCACCACCACGUUUGGAUCGCGGCGUGGGUGAAACACAACAAGCCUUUGAGCUGCACUUUACCAAAGAACUAGCCAUCUACGAGCGCGUAUGUAUCAUAAACCUGGUGGAGCAGAGCGGAAAGGAGAAACUGAUAGGCGAUUCGUAUGCGGAGCAUGUGAUAAAAUACAACAACGAACAGAUCAUUUAUGUCACAUUUGAUUUUCACGACUAUUGCCGCGGCAUGCGGUUUGGGAAUGUGUCAGCACUGAUUGAGGCAGUUGGUCCUGAAGCAGGUGCCAUGGGUUUUCACUGGCGGGAUCAGCGCGGAAUAAUUUGCAAUCAAAAGUCCGUGUUUCGAGUUAAUUGUAUGGAUUGUCUUGAUCGUACGAAUGUGGUACAAACAGCAAUAGGAACAGCGGUGCUUCAAUCUCAGCUGGUUAAAUUGGGGCUUUCGCCACCCUAUUCCCCAAUACCAGACCCAUUGAAGUCAUCUUUUAUGGUGCUCUGGGCAAAUAAUGGUGACGUUAUAAGCAGACAGUAUGCAGGCACCAACGCUUUGAAGGGCGACUACACACGAACGGGAGAGCGAAAGAUCAGCGGCAUGAUGAAGGAUGGCAUGAACUCGGCCAAUCGCUUUUUCAUUCAAAACUUUGCCGACUCGUUUCGCCAGUGCAUUAUCGAUCUGAUGCAAGGUAAACUGCAGCAGGCGGCCGAAUUGAAAGAGGAUGAUGUUCUAGAAACCAUUAUACAAAUACUCAAGCCCGAGUCCCAACCACCAUUGCGUGGAUAUUACAGUGCAGGCGUUCUGGGACCUGAGCUGAAAUUGCUCGAGUCAAUUGUCUUAAACAGCUAUUACCUAGCGCGCUUUAAAGACUCGUACCGACAAGCUACUAUCGAUCUUAUGCUGGGCAACCAUGUCUCUUCGGAGUCGCUAAGCGCUUUGGGUGGUCAAGCGGCGCCAGAUGAAACCGAUGGUGAAAGUGCAGAGCAAGCGAAAUUACUAGUGGAAGAUUGUCGUCGUUUGUUGUUGAGCUCAGAACAAUAUCCAGUAGGCGCUUGGGGCUUAAUCGAUGCCGAUCCCAGCUCUGGUGAUGCCAAUGAAACGGAGGUGGACUCAGUUUUACUGCUAACCGACGACUGCUAUAUUGUUGCCGAAUACGAUUCGCAUCUAGACAAGAUUGUGCGUUUUGAAAAGGUACAUUUGUCGCAGAUGCGUCUCAUUGAGCUUGGCAUGCAUCAGCAAACGAAAAUCUUUCAAGGCUCCUCGGCGGCGCAUCUUUGCCUGCGACUGAACUACUGUAUUGAUGAUCAAGAGGGAUACUUUCACAUGUUCCGCUCUGCCAAUUUGCGUUUCUUUAACAAUGCGGCCUAUGUUAUAAAGACACAAGAAGAGCUAACCGAAUCGCUGACUUCGAUUGUGGAAAUGUUUCGAAUUGCUCUGGAGAACUCAGGCAAUAAAGAUGUUCGUUUUAUUACUGGCGGUAUUUUGCAGCGACGGAAGAGUAAGCUGCCAUUGCUAGAUGUGCCCAAAGGCAUGCCUCGCAAUCUAUCUGAAUCUCAACUUGUGCAGCUCAGUUCGAAGGCAAUUUCGAACGUCGCCGGACAGUUCUCAAAAUUAGGUCAGACCUUUAAGAAGCCCUCGAACGCCGGUCAACCAGGAAAUGUUGCUGCUACUCUCAACCCACAAGUAAUGCGUCAGUCAGAGGGCGCCGUAUUGGACUUCUGCCAGGAAGCCGAUAAGGCCGUUUUCACAGUCGGUGGCAAACAACGUGCAAAUAGUUCAAGCAGCACGGACACCGAUGAGCGCGACAAUAGUCUGUACGAGCCUGAGGUGGACUCGGAUGUUGAGAUUGCUUUGGAUAAGGCCAACUACAAUGAGAACGCCUUUCUGCCUUCAGUUGGAAUUGUGAUGGGCGGUCAAAGAGAGCAACCUAGUUCCUCAAACAAUAUGCGACAACUGGAGCAAAAGGAUAGUAUGUGCAAAACUGCCGAGGAUGUGCUCACUAUUUCUAUAACAACGGUAACGGAUAAUGUUGGUUUGCCCAAUGGCUUGUUAGAGAAUGCUCCACCCUUGCGGCCAAUUACACCAAAUCCGCAAAUAUGCUUACAGGCUCAAGAGGCGGAGGAUUUGGACAUUGAAGGGCAGAAGCGCGGGCUAAGUAUUUCUGCCAAUGAAAUAAAUGUCCCGCUCGGUCAGCCUGUCUAUUUUGAGACCAACAAGUUUAAGCCCAUUACCAAUCCACUAUCCAAGCUGGCCAAAGGUAUGCAGAACAUUGGUUUGAAUCUGGAUCCACGCAAGAUAGCCAACAAGACCAGCGUGCUCUCCCCUACUAGCGCAUUGGCGGAUAACUCUCCACCUGGUCGCGGCCCAGGCUCACGGGAUGUUUUGCUGGAAAUGUGGGAGGCUGAGAAAUGCAAGUCCAAGCUAAUAGCUCUGUGAAGGGAUACAAGUGAUAUACACAAUUAUUUAUUAUACAAGUUUUGAGCAGAAAGUUUAUUCUAGCUGUUUUACGUGGCACUUCCAAAUAAGGGAAUCUAUAUAAAAUAUGUAGCUCAUAUAUACAUAUAUAUAUAUACAAUAAGUAUUUUCGUUCAUGCGGCACGUAUUUAAUAUGCAUGUUCGUUGAACUGUACACGAUAUAUGCAAUGUUUGUGAUUGUUACUGUAGUGCGUUACUUAAUUGUGUGUGUCAUCACCAUUUAUAAAUACAUAUGUUUGUGAUCAUAUGGUAAAUUAAGAAAAAAAAACCAAUUUGUAAUGUAUGCGUGAAUAA